AUGCUCAAGCAUCUCUCUAUACUUGCCCUUGCGAGCUUCGCGCUGGCUCAGAAUGAGACCGUUCCGGACCUUGCAGCUGCCUUGAACUCCACGGAUGAGCUUUCAACUCUUCAGUCGGUCAUUCCUGCGGGCGUACUGGAGACAUUGGCUGGUCUCACCAACAUCACUAUUCUCGCCCCCUCCAACUCUGCUUUUGGAAAAAUUGACAACGAGACACUUUCGGGACUUACCUCUAACGAAGGGCUUCUCACUGCCCUUUUGCAAUACCACGUGCUCAAUGGCACAUUUCCUUCCAGCGCCAUCACCAACACGAGCGCUUUCGUCCCUACCGCGCUGACCAACCCUCUUUUCACCAACGUCACUGGAGGUCAGGUUGUCGAGGGUGUAACCAGCGGUGACAAUGUAGUAUUCUACAGUGGUCUCUUGACUAACUCUACUGUCACAACAGCGGAUGUAAACUUUACUGGUGGUGUGAUUCACAUCAUUGACACUGUGCUGGCUAUUCCCGAAAACACUGCCGACACACUUUCCGCUGCUGGACUCUCUUCCCUCCGUGGAGCCAUCAAUGCGACCAAUCUAUUCGACACCGUCAACGACACUCCCGACAUCACUAUAUUCGCCCCCAACAACGAGGCUCUCCAGAACAUUGGAUCCGCGCUUAGCAACCUCAGUACCGAGGACAUUACCAGUAUUCUUACUUACCACGUUGUCACACAAGGCGGUAUUGGCUACUCAUCUUCUCUUGAGAAUGGCACUACUCUCACUACUGCCAACGGCGAGGACCUUACCAUCACCAUCGGUGACGGCGGCAUCUUUGUGAACAACGCUCGUGUUGUCGCCUCCGAUAUUCUUAUUGCCAACGGUGUUGUUCACGUCAUCGAUGAAGUCUUGAACCCCUCCAACGCUACCGUUGCUGACUCUACUUCUGACGAGGGUGAGCCUGCGUUCGAGGGAGCCUCAUCUGUUUCCGACGUCCCGUACACCAGUGGUCAGCCCACUCCUACUACCAGCAUUAACCAGGAGGCUACCGAGGCUGCUGACCCCACCAACUCUGCUGCUUCCAGUACCGGUGAGAACGCAGCCCCUAGGCAAACCGGUGCCAUUGGUAUGGGUGCGCUUUUCGGCGCCGCUGCUGUUUACUUCUUGUAA